UACAUUAGUAGUUACUUCAUCUAGGAGAAGGUACAUGUGGAAUGGGUGUUUAAUGGAUAUUGGCUUCUUUGGGGGAGUGAAGUAAUGUUCUGGAACUAGAUUAUUGUAAUGAAUAAAUGGCUUUGAACUAAGACCUCUAAACUGUGUACUUUUAUAUAGCUGUAUUAUAUGGUAUGUGAAUUAUAUUUUAAAGCUAUUAUUUUAAAAAUAAGUAAUAUCCAUUAUGCACUUUCUCCUCUCUCACUGCCACCAGGCAAUGCUGCUGGCUGCCUGGCAACACCAUCCUCAUUUCCAUGGUACAUUUUGUGAGUGCAUGUCUUUCUCUUCAAAGCUAAUUUAGAUGUUCACUUUUACUACAUUUUUUUCCAUUUUAAGUAGUUUUUUUAAAGUAAAAUGCCAGGGGUGAGUUUGUAGAGUGUACACACCCAUAUUUUGAAUUCAGGCUUAUGUGGGCGAUACUAAUGAGGGAGUGGAUGCUGUAGCUGAAAAUGAGCAUUUUAUAGAAGGAGGCCAUCCUUCCAUUCUAUCUAUUGAUUUUUUCCAUCCAUCACCUUUCAGAGACUGGUACUCUAUGAGUGCUCUAUCAGUCACCUGCUGCUGAUUUCUUACUUUCUUUCCCCUCUUCUUUUCUUGUGCCCUUAUAAGAUCUGCUCCUGGAAGGCCUAUGAACAAUGUUCUUCCAGCUAUACUGGAUUGGCAUGUCCAACACAGUUCCCAAGCAUCACAAAGUUUGAGGGGUUUUCAAUGUUGUAAAGAUUCCAAGAUCUUUUAGACCAGGUGACUUUUAGACUCAGUCUUUCUUCAUGCUGAAUUGGACUGAGUGUGAGUAAAAAGAGUCAGAGCUUCAGCCUCCCCUUUUUGCACAAUUCUGAUGCUUUACAAAGGGGGAAAUUGACCUUUGAACACUACCUAGAAUUCAGAGGACCAUCUAUGGGCUUCAUUUCACUUAACUAGCUCUUGAGAGAGCUGUGCUUUUAGUGAGGAAGUGGCUUCUGGGCCUCACCAGUCUAAUUACUGUCAGCAUUUUCAGUGUCCCCUGUCCUAAGAACUAAGAGUUAGUUACCCAAAGAAAUUGACUGAUUGUGAUAGCUAAUCUUGGUUGUCAAGGAUCCAGAAUCACCAAGAAGACAAGUGUCUGGGUGUGCCCAUGAGGAAUUAUCUGAAGUUAAUGGAAUGCAAAGACCUGACUCUUGUGGGUGCUAGCAUUCCAUGGAUGGGGUCCUGGACUGAGUAAAAGGAGAAAGUGAGCUGAGCACGCAUACUCAUCACUCUCUGCUUUGUGACAGUGGUUGUUAUAUGGCAGCUGCCUCCUGCUCUUGCUGCCAGGAUGGACUGUAUCCCUAAGAACUAUAAGCCCAAAUAAAUCCUUCCUCCCUUAAGUUGCUUUUACUGAGUAUCUUAUCAUAGCAAUAACUAAUAUACCAAUGAAUCAAAGAUUGCUAGAAAUAGGGACACUCUGUUAGCUUCUUCCAGUAGGGCAAAGGAACAGGGAAAUAAGAGACCAAAGGAUUUAGUGACCUAUAGUGCCAGAGAGUCUUAAGACGGAAAGUAGAGAAGCUGAUUGAUGAGAGGAAUCAGAUGUCAGGAAAUGUACACGUUUAUACUAGCCCUGGAGGAAUCCAAUAAAAUAGGAGUCCUAACCUUAAGAUCCUAUAAUAAUUUAGUUGGAACAUAAAAAUUAAUACACUUGAAAUAAUUUGUAAUUUGAGACUAAAAUGUGCUGACAAAAAAAAUGCCUGAGAAGGGACAGCUCCACGGAUUGACAUGCUCUGUGAGCUAAAUGGGUGAAGACGAUUUGAUAUUCAGCCACAGGACUUUGUGGUCCACUUAUAAUGGCUUUAGCAUUUAGAAUUAGUCUGACUGAGUUCUUCCUGGCUUCAUGGAGGAAGUAAGGGGAGGAAGCUUCAUCAUCACCAUUUGUUGGUCACCACUGUCAUUGAAAACCACACUAAACAUUCAUUAGGCAUCUUCCUUGUGUUCCUACUUCCAUUGGGAAGGCAGAGCAAAUGGAGUAGAAGGACUCGUAAAACAGAGUGUGUGCUGUGUACAGAUGGCACAAGGAUGAGGGUAGAGGAAGUUACAAAUGGCUUGCCAAGGUUAAAGGUGGCCCUCGAAAGAAGAUCAGCGUUUGGACUAAUGGAGAAAGGCCUGAAGUGAGCUGUACAUAGCAUCAAUGAGGCAUAGAACGUGGGGUGAGCAGGAGGAAUAUGGCUAAGUGAGCAAACUUGCUGGACUGGUGCAAAAGGUGUGCAGCCUGGUGGCGUGGGUGACUAAAAUUAUAGAGAGGCAGUGGUGAUUACAGAUAGCCUUGGGUGUCAGACUGACUAACCAGUCAUUUGGAAACAAAGUAGGAAGACUCUGUAGAGCUGUGAUUGGGGGAGUGGUGAAGGCAUGGGGCACAAUACAGAAAGGCAGAAAGAAUAUUGCAGUUCUAUCCCACUGUCUUUAUAGCUUCUCUGUUUGGAUGACUAAUUCACGAUAUUCUUCUGAAGUUUUCACUCUGCCUGAAACAUGCCUUGUAAGCUGCUUGCUAAAGCAGGUGACACACACUCUUUAAUCCUAGCACUUGGAAGGCAGAGAGGCAGGUGGAUGUCUGUGAGUCUGAGGCCAGCCUGAUACAGAGUGAGACCUUAUCUCGGAAAAACAGACAAAACCACAACCUCCCUCCAAACCAAUAAAAAGAAAGAAAGCAGCCCAAAGAGAUUAUGUACUGUGUACUGCCAGACAGAGCACCCAUCCUCCAGUUAAACCUUCGAAACCAUCAACAUUUUUUAAAGAAGUUGUUCUCGCUAGUAUCAUCUCCUUAGAGAGGGCACACAAGAGGAAGUAUGAGACUCCAGACCAGCUGCUAGACCAGGGGCAGCUGUACCUCAGGAGACAACUUUCCGAGUGGAAUCUGUCCUCCAGUCUGCCCUGUAGAAAGGAGAAUUGAGGAAACGUCUGUAGACAAACACAGGCAUACAGACUGACAAAGACAGUAAAUGACAAAGACCAAGUCUAUCUUGAGGCUUUUUUUUUUUUUUUUUUUUUUUUUGUGGCUGCUCUCUGGCCACUCCCUCCCAUAGAUUCCUUUUGCUGACACAGGGUCUGCUACAUUUCUAUUACCCCGAGGCAGAUGUUUUUCUUUUUUCUUUGAGGUUUAGGAUUAUGCAAACGAAGCAUGAAAACAAAAGCUCGGUGAGAUGGGGGAGGAUUGCCCUUAAAAACGGAGGCAAUUUUAAACGCUCUUUAAGACCCCUCUCCCAUGGAUGGUUAUUAACAGCCCUCUUGGCACUUCAGAAUUUGGCACCGUUUCAGAGCCUUUUAACCAAAGUUUCUUCUAAAGCUUCUGCCCUGGCCUCUUUUUGUAAGAGCAGAAAUCAAGGCAUUUAUGUGCUUUCCGCGUCUGUAGGCUGGCUCUGAGUUUUGAUCUCUAUCUGAUUCAAUCUUCCCUUUGCUGCAUACAGACUUACCUGAAUGGGAAACCUCUGACCCAAUUCCUACUUAGGUUCCCGCUUUUCUGAUAUUAUCUGGAGGGCAAUAGGACCUGGGGAGGUUCAACCCUGCGGCCAAGGGAGACACACCUGCCUAACUGCGUGGGUUGAGCGAGUGUGGGAGCGAGCUACUUUAGCUAGCUGUGGAGGGCGGGGUAGAAGUGGGUGCAUGCUGCUGCUCCGGGAGAAGAGGAAAAGCUGUGGCUCCCUCCUGAAUCCCGGAGUCAUGGUGAGAAAUACUGCUAAAGACUGGUGCAGGGUCCUUUCGUGUUGCGCCUCGCUACCUGGAGCAUCCUUUGGCUAUUCAUCUUGGAACUCUGGCUUAUUUUGUUUUAUCCAGCUCUCUCUCCCAGCCAACGCCACCACCACCCCACCCAAGUCAUCCAGGUGCCAUAGUUACCAAAGCCCAGAACCUGCCACACUUCUCAAACUGUGACUUUUGUAGCAAAGUGUCUCCGUGAAGACACCCCUCCAGCCUCUUCUAUCGGGUACCACGCACUGCACUCCUCCGCUUCUUUCCGAGGAGACAUCGUUGGGGACAGUGGUGGCAUUACUUUGGCCCCCAGCCAGGCGGUCUUAGGGGCGGGGCUUGGAGAACCUACUUGAGAACAUUUGCCUCCGUACAGGUCCUGAGAGAGCUCUGCUGAGCCCGUGAGCAGGCUAACUUAUAGGCACAACCUAGCAGCAGGUUGGAUGAAAACCUAGGUACUGAACUGAAUCUUUGACAGGACACUCAGGCUGUGCUCCCUCUUCUACCUCGGCUCAGUUCUCUGCUGACUGGAAAGGAUACACGGAUGAGAAUCCCUAAGGAGAAGCGGCUGAGGAUGUGAUGUACCUCCUCAAAGUAGCUACUCCCCUGCCUGGGGGGCUAUGAAAGGAGGCUCGGCGGAAACAGCUGUUCCUUGCCUUUUCACACGCCUGGAAUUGGACACCAGACUCAGUGCUGGAGUGCUUGUCCAAGUUUUUCAGCACAUAUGUUGAAGAUUGCAUUCCAGGGCCGAUCAAGAGUGAAGUUCAAAGAGAUCCCCCUGGACUCUCCAUUCCAGACUCUUGAGUUAAGUCUGGAAUCAAGGUGUCUCCUGUUCUGACUUGUUGAUCUUCAUUCAGGGACUCGACUAGCCACGGUUCACCUGACUUGGACACCAGUGGCUACGAGGGGGGAGGGCUCUUCUAGGGAUGGAUGGCGAAGAACUCUGAACUCCAGACGAUAAGAGAGUCUCCACAAUGGACAGAGUUUAUGAAAUUCCUGAGGAGCCAAAUGUGGUUCCUAUCGCAUCUCUGGAAGAUGUCAUCCGUGGGCCUAACCCACGUUUUACCUUUCCAUUUAGUAUCCUCUUCUCCACCUUCUUGUACUGCGGGGAGGCUGCAUCUGCCUUGUAUAUGGUUCGAAUUUACCGAAAGAACAACGAGACCUUCUGGAUGACAUACACCUUUUCCUUUUUUAUGUUUUCAUCCAUCAUGGUUCAGUUGACCCUCAUUUUUGUCCACAGAGACCUGGCCAAAGAUAGACCACUAUCAUUAUUUAUGCAUCUAAUCCUCUUGGGACCUGUUAUCAGAUGUUUGGAGGCCAUGAUUAAGUACCUUACACUGUGGAAGAAAGAGGGGCAGGAAGAGCCAUAUGUCAGCCUCACCCGAAAGAAGAUGCUAAUAGAUGGCCAAGAAGUGCUGAUAGAAUGGGAGGUGGGCCACUCCAUCCGGACCCUGGCUAUGCACCGCAAUGCCUACAAACGUAUGUCUCAGAUUCAAGCCUUCCUGGGCUCAGUGCCCCAGCUAACCUAUCAGCUAUAUGUGACCCUGAUCUCUGCAGAAGUCCCCCUUGGUAGAGCUGUGUUAAUGUUUUUUUCCCUGAUAUCUGUCACCUAUGGGGCUACCCUCUGCAAUAUGUUGGCUAUCCAGAUCAAGUAUGAUGACUACAAGAUUCGACUUGGUCCAGUGGAAGUCCUUUGUAUCACCAUCUGGAGGACAUUGGAGAUCACUUCCCGCCUCAUGAUUCUGGUGCUCUUCUCGGCCACCUUGAAGUUGAAAGCUGUGCCCUUCUUAGUGCUCAACUUCUUGAUCAUCCUCUUUGAGCCCUGGGUUAAGUUCUGGAGGAGUGGUGCCCAAAUGCCAAACAAUAUUGAGAAAAAUUUCAGCCGAGUUGGCACGCUGGUGGUACUGAUUUCUGUUACCAUCCUCUAUGCUGGCAUCAACUUCUCUUGCUGGUCAGCCAUGCAGUUGAAGUUGGCAGACAGAGACCUUGUUGACAAAGGUCAGAACUGGGGACAUAUGGGACUGCACUACAGUGUGAGGUUGGUAGAGAAUGUGAUCAUGGUGUUGGUUUUUAAGUACUUUGGAGUCAAGGUGUUACUGAAUUACUCCCAUUCCUUGAUGGCUAUUCAGCUUAUUAUUGCUUACCUGAUUUCCAUUGGAUUCAUGCUCCUCUUUUUCCAGUACUUGCACCCAUUGCGCUCACUCUUCACCCAUAACGUAGUAGACUACCUCCAUUGUAUCUGCUGCCGCAGACACCAUCGGGAAAGGGUUGAGAACUCAGAGACAUCCUGUGAGCCUGACACAAGGCAAAGUAUUGUCUGAUUCUUCUUCUUUUUCUCCUUCUUCUCCUUCUUCUCCUUCUUCUUCUUCUUCUUCUUCUUCUUCUUCUUCUUCUUCUUCUUCUUCUUCUUCUUCUUCUUCUUCUUCUUCUUCUUCUCAUUAUAGGGUGGGUUUGGGGUUGACAAGAGCAACUGUGAAAUUGAAGGAGUUGGUGAGAUUCCUGUGUGUGAGUACACACAGGAUCAUUUUCUUGACUCUUCUAGUAAGCCUGUUGAAAGAAAGAGUGACCUGCAAAUAGGUUUUACUUCUUUGUCAUUGACUGCUAUGUUUGGAUACCAGCACUAGACACUGAUUUUCAUUUAUCCUCAUCCUAGUCAACUGAACUAACCUCCAAGUACUUCACUCAGGCUCUGAAUUUCUAGCUCUGCUCAUUUGUUUGAGGUAUUGCUGAGCUUCCCUGGGUUGAUCUAAACUCUGUCAGAACACAUCUGUACUGAUCGGAGAAUGUGAUGGCUUACUAAUAACGAGCACCUCUCAGAAAGUAAUAUGACUGUUGUGAUGCCUUUAACUGUGAGAGUGGCUGGGAUAUUUGUAUUCCAAUGAGGAACCCUGUCUAAGAAGGCGGCUCCAUUAUUGAAGAAAGCUACUCCCCAAAUGAGUUAAUACCCAAUAGUAUUUUACUGGUGGCCAUUCAGCAAAGACUUCUCUUUUAAGAAAUCCUUCAUAGGCACCCCCUUUGGAGGGUGUGCAGAAUAGGAUUCCUUCCUGUAGGGACUGAGGCAGGAUCUCAUGUAUCUCAGACUGGGCUCAAAGUUACUAUAUAGCUAAGAAUGAUGUAGCUUGAACUCACGAUUUUUCUGCCUUUGCCUUCUGAGUGCUGGGAUUGCAGAUGUGUGCUACUGCAUCUGGUUUAUCUGGUGCUGAGGACUGAACCCAAGGCUAGGCAAGCACCAUUUAUAUAGUACUAGGCACUGGAAUUGGGUUGAGAUAAGAGCUCUACCAACUGAGAUAUCCUUGGCCCCCAGAAUGACUCUUGAGGAGUUGUGUAGGCCUCCAGCUACAUUGAGAGAAAUGUUUGAGUGAAAUUUCUCACUUGGUGCCCCAUUAAUAGGGUUCCCCUCCAAUCCAGCCUUUCUGUCUCUGCAUUUUGUUACUUGAUGUAAACCUCAGAGAAGCUAAACUAUAAUUUGAAGUGUUUACUGAUAUGUGAAAUAAAUGAAGAUUUCUUUGUGUCUGCUAC